AUGUCUCACGAUAUUUCUAUAUCCAUUUUCUUCUCCCUCUCUCUCUCACUCAUACUCUCUCUCAAUCUAUCUAUCUAUCUAUCUAUCUAUCUAUCUAUCUAUCUAUCUAUCUAUCUAUCUAUCUAUCUGCUUGUCUGUCUGUCUUUCUGUCUGUCUAUCUGCUUGUCUCUCUGUCUGUCUGUCUGUCUAUCUAUCUAUCUAUCUAUCUAUCUAUCUAUCUAUCUGACUGCCUAUCUAUCUAUCUAUCUAUCUAUCUAUCUAUCUAUCUAUCUGCUUGUCUGUCUGUCUUUCUGCAUGUCUAUCUACUUGUCUAUCUAUCUAUCUAUCUAUCUAUCUAUCUAUCUAUCUAUCGCAAACUGUUCAUAUCUAUCUAUCUGUCUAUCUAUCUAUAAGUUUGUCUGUCUGUCUGCUUGUCUGUCUGUCUUUCUGUCUGUCUAUUUAAUUGUCGGUCUGUCUGUCUGUCUGUCUAUCUAUCUGUCUAUCUAUCUAUCGCAGACUGUUCAUAUCUAUCUAUCUAUCUAUCUAUCUAUCUAUAUAUAUAUAUAUAUAUAUAUAUAUAUAUAUAUAUAUAUGUCGCAGACUAUUCAUAUCUAUCUAUCUAUCUAUCUAUCUAUCUAA